AGCGCCUCUCUCCACAGUGCCCACACGAUUUGCGCCCAUAUUUUGCGACACAAGAGCGAUGGCGACGCAGCAAUACCUCCUCGACGCGAUGCGCUCACCGUUCUACGACCCGGAGCUCGCCAAGACCAAGCCGUCGCCAAAGCCGAGUCGCAUCUGGCGCAUUCCGCCGCUGCCCAACCCGCUUCGGACCCCAAAGCGCAGCGACGAGCCGAUGCCGACACCCAGUCGCGCCAAGCGCCAUAGCGCUGCCGUGCAGCCCGAGUCGUCGAGCCGGUCCGCCUCGGUCGUCGGCGAGUACUACAUUGACAUGCCACCCACGCCCGCGCUCGUUGCGGUCGUGGCCACGGCCGUGAGUCCGCGGGAAGGCCUCCCGCGCUGGCCUGGCUUCUCCACGCCGACGGGCCUUCUUCGGUGCCUCGAUUGGUUUGGCACAGUCGUCUUUGCCGUCAGCGGCGCGCUCACCGCGGCCAUGUGUGGCGCGAACCUCCUCGGGUGUCUCCUCAUCGGCACCAUCACGGCCAUCGGCGGCGGUACAAUCCGUGACUCGAUCGUGCUCUGCAAGCCCCCGUUCUGGGUCGAAGAGGCCGAGUACCUCCUUCUGAGCCUCAUUCCUGCCGGCGUUGCGUUUUUCCUCUGGGGCGCGCUCCCGCCCGGCACCGAGAUCCUACCUGGCGUGACGCUCAAGGCCAUCGACGGCGGCGAAGGCACGGCCAUGCAGUGGGGCGACGCGAUCGGUGUCGGCGCGUUUGCCGUCAUUGGUGUCAUGAACGGGAUUCGUGCGGAUGCACCCUUUCUCGUCUGCGCACUCUGCGGCAUGAUGACGUCGACCUUUGGCGGCAUGGUCCGCGACGGCCUCCUCCAGCACCCGGUGCGCAUCAUGCACUCGUAUGCGGAUGCCUAUGCGUCCAUUGCGCUCGCAUCGGCGUGCGUCUACCUCUGGCUCCGGAAGAUGGCGCCGGCGCGCCAAGGCCUUCGCAUCGCGAUCGCGGUCGCCUUGGCGAUCUUACUGCGGGAACAAGCGUGGACGCACGGGUGGCGGCUGCCCAUGUGGGCGACCAACUCGCAAAAUGUCAUUGUCGUCGAGACCGACCCGCGCCUCGCGCGGUAGUGUCGUCUAGUUGUGUAAUAUCAUCAAACACCUGUGUCGUAUGUCAA